AUGCGGCACCCUCCACCAGAAGUUAUUGCCUCCUGGCCCACUCCGAACUAUGUGAAUCCGGAGUUUCAAGGCCCUCAGCUGGCCGUGGUUGGAAUCACAUUGCUCGUGAUAUCCUUCAUUGUUGUUUUUCUCCGUAUGUACGUGAGAAUCUGGAUAAGACGCUCGGCAGGUUGGGAUGACUGGCUGAUGCUUCUUGUGCUGCCCAUCCUGCUUUCGACGUCCGUGAUCAGUAUUAUUGCUACACGCUAUGGAUGGGGAAUCCACAUCUGGGACAAUAAGAAGGAAUGGUUCAGACCAUCUCGGAUUUCGAGCUGGAGCUCGGAGGUUCUAUACGUUCUUCUGAUCACUCUUCUCAAAAUCUCGAUCCUCUUAUCCUACCUCCGAUUCUUGACGACAAGGACCUCUAGGUUUAUCACAUGGGCGAUGGUCGGCGUCAUGGUAGCCUGGUUUAUAGCAUAUGAGGUCAUUAUGUUGCUCAACUGCAUCCCCCUUCAGGAUUACUGGGACAAUCCGACCCCAGAUGCAAAAUGCAUAGAUGAGUUUGGAAAACUUUUCUCUUCAGCGAUUACAAAUUUUGUUACGGAUUUUGUCGUUCUUCUUCUGCCAAUCCCGACCUUAUGGACGCUGCGUCUUCCCAUACGAGACAAAAUCGUUUUGGUCGCUUUAAUGAGUCUGGGAUUUACCGCUUGCGCCGCUGCCGCCAUAAAAGUAUAUUAUUCUUAUAAAGCAGUUCUGCUAACAUAUGAUGUAACGUGGGAGGGCUAUGGUGUCUGGUUAUGGAGUGAUGUCGAAAUAAACCUCGCCGUGAUCUCCCCGUCAGUCCCGAUUCUUCGACCUCUAGCGCAGAGAUAUUUCCCUCGACUUGGAUUCCGAUCGAUGCCGCAAUCGUCGGAUAGGACGCCCAACCGAUCAAGUUUCAAGGCACCCCGGGCUAUAUACAGACAGGACACCAUCCAACAGAUCAUCGAUGACUCACCGGACCAUACCAGCUCUACGGAGGCCUUUCAAAUGUCGCCAUCCCCGAUAUCAGUGAUACAGCCUAAACAAGGCCGUCGGCCUUCGAAUGACUGGUCAGAGUGUUAA